AUGCAGGUUCAGGUAAUUCCGUAUCAAAUCGAGCGUUUUUCGCAACCGGUAACUGCAGAAGCUUUUUACCUUCUGAUUUCUCAUUUUCACUACCAGGCAAUGCACAGGGUGAAGCGAAAGUUGUGCCGAAUAACCUUACUUUUUUUCUUUCUCUUGAAAGCCUCUCGAUUGUUUGCGUAUUAAAAAAAGGAAAAUAAAGUAGGAAGUCUUGAUGCAAGUGCGCUCUACUGCUUCCCGUGCCAUGGCGAUUCAAAUGAGUCCGCUCAUAUGAUGCACUGAGUUCGACGCUACGCCCUUCUGAUUAAAGAAUUAAAGAACUGGCUACUCGGUUCGAAAUGACGAAUUGUAUUGUUGUCGAGCGAGCGAACCUGGUUUCUGUCUUGCAAUUGUGACCUUACUUUUUUCAAAUGCCCUUCUAUCUACUGACUUGUGAGAACGUUCCGAUUUGUACGAAUCAUGUCGAAAUCGAAUGUUUACGAUUGGCAGCGCAAUGCCAAGGCCGAUAGCAUGGCCAACGACCGAUCGAUUUCGUGCGAUAAGCUUUGAAAACAUCAAUCUCCCCCGACACGUGAUCAGAAUGUUCUCAAAUGCACUCCCGCCACCUACAAAUUCAGCUGAUCUCCCUCUUUCCCGAUCUGCGCUCACAGCGCCGCGGGAUGGUUUUUGGUUCGUCGUUCGAAUGGGCGGCCUUCACAGCGUCCUGUGAUGCCAUUCUUUUGCUUUCUAAUAUUCAAACGACUCUUUCUUCUUCUCCCGCCUUUGCCUGGCUGACCGAUGCCACUCGUCUGCCAAUCAUCACCCAUUUUCCAAUUGAUAACAUUGCUGUUUUGGACGUUUUCGCUUCGCUCGAGGCCACUCACUCCUCUCUCUACUUGUCGCCCUUCCACUCACUUUUCAUUUUCCAGCCUAUCAACAACAAGAUGUCGUCGAACGCUGAGGCCCUGGCUGCCGCUUUCGAGCAGGACGGAGGACCGGUGAGUGGAUCGGUGAUGUACGGUCAGUCUGAUGUCGUUCAUUUCAGGAUUUCGCCACUGGAACUGGCAAGCGCACCAAGUCGGACAGAGCCGAGCACAAGCACGCUUCGCAGCCGGGAGGAGACACUCGCAAGGUGGUGCAGACGGCCGUCAACGGAGAGACGAAGAGAAAGGAGAAGUGGUGAGCUAGUGACUGUAUUUGCGCACCAGCACAACCAUCGCCUUCUUUCCAGAUUCGCUCUCCUCGUACAUAUCGACUAUCUCAGACCGACUGCCCACACCGAUCCGUUCCAACUCGCAACUCCAUCCACUUUUUUUCGCUUUUUGUGUAAUUCGAAUUGAGACCCAUGUAAAAUGCUUAGCAAACUAUCUUACUAAGUUGUAAAAAUCCACCGGCUUUAGCCCUUCACUUCUCGAGUAAUCUUCGUUUUCUCCGAAUAAAUUUUGUAACAACUGUUUCCGUUUUUCACCUUCCAUCAGCGUUUUUCUCCGCCGCACUCAGUACUCUAACUGCACGAUUAAAUCGAUAAUACUCUGCGGGCAAACCGUUGCCGACCGCAUUCAUUCGUCCGAAUUCAUCGAUCGAUUCCAGAAUGUCGCGACCGCUCGGCUACAUGGGAUACGAGUUUCAGAACGAGGAAAUGUUCGUGCAGCAGAUGCUCGAGCAGAAGCGCAACAAUUUGGAACAGGAAAAAAUGCUCGGUGAGUAGAAUCUUGUCGCUUCCGUUUAUUUGCAAUGUUCGACUUGCAGAACAACAGAAAAAGAUGCUUGAGUGCAAGGAAACGCUGCCGGAGGACGAAGAGCCGGUACCCAUGAAGUGUCUCGACUUUGAAGAGGCCUUCAGAAGCGGCGACGGCUACGAGUCGCCGUACAAAACUAUUCCGUUUCUCAAAGACGACGUGCUUACAGUCAACAGUGAGCGAUCGUCCAUCGAGCAGAGCAAAAUGACAAUUUUUCAGCAAUGAGCCACUGCUCGCCCGACGACAUCGCCAAGCUAAUCCGGAGUAUUCAGAACUCGGUCUACACGCUCGGAAUGGAAGAAGCUCGUCAGUGCCGACGUGGAAAGCUGCUCAACGUGCUCAAAACGACAGAGACCGCGCCACGUCUUCUGCAGCCGACGCCGCCGAAAAUUGUGCCGCCGCCAUCGAAGAGAACGGAAAAGAAACAGACAACGGAUAAUCACUAA